CAGCCUGGAGGCGACAUUUCUUCUCUGUUUGCAACCUUCACCAUAUUGCUAACUGUGGGAUACUCCUAGAAUCUCUGGACUGGUGCAGUGCACUUCAGGCACUGUGUGCUUCAGUGCGUAAUAUCGGAAACAUGUGCACAAGAUCACCAUUUGGGAUCCAGCAGGAGCAGAUUCUCAUUCAUACUUGUCCCACACAACGUAAACUCAAAAUUAUGUUCAGAUAACACAAGCAAGCUUUGACACAAGUCUGAUUGGUCAGCCCUCAUAGUCGGAGACGUCACUUCCUGUUCCUUCUUCCAAUCCCAAACUGGUGGCCAUGCUAGACCUUGAGGUGAGGAGAGAGACCCUACAAUCAGACAAGGAGGUGCAAAACAUUAGUCUGCAAAAGGGGAAAUGGGCCCGUACGAACACAUCACCCAGGUCGACAAACGUAUUGCAGAAGAAGUUAAAAAACGUGAACAUUUGUACAAUCCGUUCUCGGAGUUUUAUAAAGAUGCAGCGGUUACAUACAGUUCAUGGAAGGAGAUUGCGGAUCAACUUGGAUUGGAGCAUAAAGAAUGUCAGAAGUCGUGGAGAGUUCUUAGGGACAGGUAUGUUAGGGUAAAGAAGGCGUGGGAUAGUAAGGGAGGAAAGGGAAAGAAAAUCCCCUCUGUCUACACAUAUCUCUCGUGGUUGGAGCCUCACAUCAAACAUCGAACACCGUCCGCCGACGCAGAGACAGAGACGAGCGAACCCACACAUGAGACCCAAGUUGAGAUCACGGCCGAGACUACACUGGUGCCACCCCAUACGGAAGAAGACCGCCCUCCUCCAAGUAGCCUGCUCCCGUCUAGGCAGAGGAGGAAGAUAGAAGAGAUGGAGUCCAGGCUUCAGAGCCAUGUGGCCAAGCUGGAGGAGCCUCACAUCAAACAUCGAACACUGUCCGCCGACGCAGAGACCGAGACGAGCGAACCCACACAUGAGACCCAAGUUGAGAUCACGGCCGAGGCUACACUGGUGCCACCCCAUACGGAAGAAGACGGCCCUCCUCCAAGUAGCCUGCUCCCGUCUAGGCAGAGGAGGAAGAUAGAAGAGAUGGAGUCCAGGCUUCAGAGCCAUGUGGCCAAGCUGGAGGAGCGCAGGGCUCAGCUAGAGCAGCAGAAGAUGGCACUGGACGCACAGAAGAUGGCCGAUAAAGAGGUGGACAAGUUCAGCCUGAUGGUGGCCAGCCUGCUGCGCAAGGUUCCAGAAGAACUGAGGCCAGAGGCCAUGUUUGAGGUCCACAAGGUCAUGUAUGAGAAGCUGCAGAAGGCCAAACAGACAGCAGCUCAACAAGUGUCAUAGGAUGACUGUUUUUUCUAUUCAUAUUGUACAUACAUAGUGCUUUAAAACAUUGUUUAUUUAGUAUUUGAAGUGUUUCAUUGCAAAGGGAUGUCUCCACCAUUUUUGACUUUUGCAUUUUGUUAUUGGAAAUGACUGUUCAGAUGUCCUGUCAGCCAUCUGUGAAUUCUUGCCAUUCAAAUAUUUUGAGAACCUACUUAAACCUAUACUAAAUGCAUUUUG